GUACAUCAAAUGGACAAAGCAGACGUAUCCACAGGGUGGAAAGGAGAGUCAUUUAUCAGUGCUUCUUGAAAGAGCAGUUACGCGCUUCACAGCCGACAAGAAAUAUCACAAUGACGUUCGCUACGUUGAGCUCUGGAUCGAGUUUGCGGAGGGCUGUUCUGACCCGAUGGACGUCUACCGCUACAUGCAAGCUCAAGGCAUCGGAAGCAUGCAAGCCACGCUUUACAUCGCCUGGUCUGAAGAGUACGAGAAGAGAG